AUGACACACAAGCAGCAGCAGCAGCAGCAGCAGCAACAGCAACAGCAGAAGCGAAGCGAAGGUGAAAGUUGCGGUCAACCAGCACCAGCACCAGCACCACCCGCAGCCGCAGCCCUGGUGCAUGCAUCAUGUAUGACUAAACUCGUUACUCCUGUCACAGGCAUCAUGAGCCCUCUCAUUGGCAGCCUCUGUCCCGAAGCCGGCAGCGUGGUGCUCCACAUCCACUGCGCCGGACUGCAGACUGCCGGCCGCUAA